AUGAGUUACGGCGAUGAGUUCCAACAAUUGGUGGAUAGGGAGUUCGAUGAACUCGUUCAAGAGGUGCAACGGGAAGCAGAAGAGGAGGAGGCGGCGGCGGCGUUUGUUCGCCCGUUCUAUCAUCGACGGACCAUCUGGCGUGACCAUGUCGGGGCACACCAUCGGUUGGUAGAAGACUACUUUGGCGAUAACCCCCGUUACCCAGCAGAGAUUUUCCGUCGCCGCUUCAGAAUGUCGCAACGGCUAUUCAUCCAUAUAGCGAAUACAUUGGCGCAGCGGUACAAGUGCUUCACAUUGCGCAAUGAUGCUACCGGCCGACCCGGGUUGUCGACAUAUCAGAAGUGUACCGCUGCAAUUAGGCGACUUGCCUAUGCCGGACCCGCCGAUAUGUUCGACGAAUACCUACAGUUGGGUGAAACAACUGCUCGGCGCUGA